AUGGAUUACAUAUCCAUCUCGACGGCAUGCUUUGCGACCAACAAUGCAAUUUCGAAAACAUCACCGACUCUACGAAGCUUCAUUCGGGAAGUCCGAGAGGCACGAGCAGAGCUCGACGCCGUCCUCGCCGAGCUUCAUUCCCUGGAUGGAGUCCUCGACAUCCUGAAAGAUGACGCCUCGAGCUUCCCCGAGCCAUUGGCGAAGCGGACCCCGCCUCUGCUCGAACAUUGCACAAGUAUAGUGCACCAGAUCGAAGGGUACAUGCACGUUUGCAACGGCCUGGGGCUCUCGGCAAGAGACAAGAAAUACAGAUGGAUGGCCAUACGAGGAGAUAUGGAGAAGCUGAGGCUCACACUAGAGGGAUACAAAUCCACUCUGGCCGUGGUGACCGAUCUCGUUGGAUUGACGAAAACCAAGCGGGAAAACGAACGGCUUUCCAUCGACAGUGAAGCAACCCAGUAUCGCGAGACACUUGAGCACCAGAUGUCGAUUAACGAUGACAUCAAGAACGACCUCACACGUGUCAUGGGCAGCAUGGGUGGCCUCCGGGCAAGGCUGCAGGCUGAGUUUGGUUCUAUCUAUGCCGUAUCCGACAUCGAGAAGUAUCUGGACGCGAUGCAACUGCAUGCAACAAACCUGGGUUACAGGCUCGAGGCCGAGAGAUUGGAGGCACGCCAGGCUCCACGACAGGCACGGGGAGCAGAUCGCGAAGAUCGUCAUACGCACAGUGGGCCCUCGUCGGUGGGUGACGCACCAGACAGUGCCAUCGACAUGAACGAUGGGCCACCCAGCCCGUAUCGACGCCACUCCAAGGACGAGCCUGAUUCGCCCCCUGACAGGCGCUUGCGGCACGAUAAGUCGCUACCAAACUUGCCCAUCGUCGAAAUAGACGAAUUCAUCGACGAGAUCGACGAACUCGGUGACCUCCCUGAACCCUCCGCGCGCGCUCCCACCCCACCCCCCAAAGCCGUUGCACGUUCCAAUUCUAUCCAUGUUUCGACCCUGUCGCCCUGGGGUGGCCACCUGCCAGGACUCUCCAGACCCUCGUCGGUUCGCAGUGUGAGCGACUAUGGGGUCCUCGACUCUGAAGGAAACCCCGUCGUCCCCCGGCGGAUGAGUUCGCUCCGCAGCCUUCCUCGGUCUGAUGGCGACGCCCUGUCAACGGUGGGCAGUCUGAGAGGAAUCCAACCACCAAGGAGCGAAAGUAGUUUCAGCAUGUACUCAUCCGCCGGCACGGUCACCACGACCAUCACGGGCGGAGCCAAAGCACAUGAUCCCCCACCGAUCAGAGAUGAGAGAUCAAACAACAGCCGGCCUAGUCGAAGGCUCUUUGGUCGGCGAAGCUCAUUCAGUGUUCCUGGUCUGCCCACCCGGCCUGCUACGACCAACAACACCGCCAGUGGCACCAAGGCUCACAUACUGAAUGCCCUCGCAGGGCCGGGCAACGCCCUCGCCAUACCAGCUGCGAGAGCUGACGCCGCUUCACACUUGCCUCCGUCACCACCAUCACCACCAACAGCACGGGGUCACCGCCCGAACCCAUCGGUCGAUACGACUGUCACCACUGCCACCUCAAACAGUGGCACCAAGGCCCUCCGCCCCUCGACGGCCGUGUCCUCCACAGGCGCAAGCAUACGCAGCAACUCAUCAAGAAUCUCGUCCAUGUUCAGGAGGGUCAGCGUCUGGUCACCUCGGAUCACCGCGGAGACUCCCCCAGAGGAGCCUGAGCCCGACGACAUCUUCGGCGUCUCACUUAAGAAAAGCAUGCAGAUGGCCGCGGCCACCGUCAAGACGCACCAUGACGGUUCCAAGGGGUCGUCAAGGCGCGACUUCCCGCGCUGCAUCCUGUCGUGCGUGAGCUUCAUUAAGGAGAACAACGGCAUCUACGCGCCGCACAUCUUCGGCGGCGAGAUGGCGAGCGGCGAGGCCAUGGUGCGCGUUGCCAGCCUCAAAGAGAGCUUCAGCACGGCGCCCUACUACGGCGAGGGCAAUGUCGACUGGGACGCCUACGACGUGUACGACGCAGCGGAGCUCAUCGUGCUGUUCCUGCAGCAGCUGCCCAAGCCCCUGAUCAGCGAGACGGUCGCCAAGCGCUGGAUUGUGCUGUCCAAGCAGGCGACCCUGCCGGGCAGCAUGGGCAUGCGGCUAGACCACUGCAUCGACUUCUGGGAUGAAGCACUUCUGGGAGUCCGGGGCGCCGCGCGCAGCCUGUUCAAGCUGCUGCUCAACCUGUGGGGCGACGUCGCCGACGCCGCCGACGCCAAUGAGAUGACCGCCGAGCGGCUGGCGGCACGCAUGCUCAAUCCUCUCAUGCAUCUGCCUGCAGGCAAAUACACGACUGAUUUCAUGCUCGGGCUAGCGUUCCUGAUCCGCAAGAGGAGUGAGUAUAGUGUUAUGCUUCGGGAUGGUAGGAAGAGCAAGGCGGCUUUUUGA